GGCCCGGCAGGCUAGCGAUCAGAAAAGAAAAUCGAUUCUAUAUAUGUUAUGGUAUGGAAAAAGAUCUGACUUCGUUAGAAGAAGAUGAGCUGCCUAGAUCUUUGUAUGUACAGGUCUCGACAGAGAGCUUGGCAGAGGAGAGGUGCUUUAGCAACCCGAGUGAAACGAGAGGAACGAGAGUGAAACGCACUUUAGUGACUAGAGAACUUCUUUCUCUAGGAGAGGGAAACAGCCCGGAUCACCAGCUAAGGCCCCCAAAUGGCCGCUCAGUUAUAAAGGAGGUAGGGGUGCAGAGACAGCCAAGGAGCUUAUUGGCAGCUCCGAUGCCGCCACGGAGCCUUCAUUCGCCGGUUCUUGGCACUUGGGAGUGGUUCAAGCUAAGCCCCCCGGAAAUUGAAAGAAGCUCCGGCGGGCGGACCCAGCUUCUGGCUCUCUUGAUCAGGCCGUCGUGGAUAUUUUCCGUGGUACUAAUCCGAACUAAGACCCGCUACUCCAGGCAUCGGGAUAAGAAGAUUAGGACUUUCAGCCUUAACUUCUUGUUGAGAGGAAGUCAGGGAAGUAUGGUUUCGAAUCCGAAGGUAGAGAAGAAAAGCGGUGCACGGAUCGGAUCAUCUUUAGUUUUGGUUCAAAAGAAAGUCUUUCUUCUGUUUUCAGAUAUACCAUUUCCGGACAUCAAGGAAAUGCCCAAUUGUUUUAGCCGCCUACCUUAUUUUAAUCAGGGUUUUCCAAUUGGAUUACCUUGCCGGAAUUGGAUAGAAGUAGGGCUGCGCCUUCGGCUGCGCCUUCUGCUCGAGCUCGCCGUAGGAAACUUUCCCCAAGGUUUCAAGAUCCAUCUUUCAGGUUCCUUUCAAGCUGUAAGGCUCGCUCUGUUCUCAAGCUUUACUUCCUUGAGAACGGAUGAACUCUUACUUAUUGAGACCCGCCCCAGUUACCUCUCCUCUGUUCAAGUGUGGGGAAAAGGGCGCCCUCUACUUCUACUUUUAACUAAACGCGAACAGCCGGCAUUGCAAGCAAAUAGAGAGCCCCCCGCCCGUUUUGAGUCGUUGCGAGCCGGAAAGCAGGAAGAAGCAGAUAGAGCAAAGGCCUCCCCUUUGCUUGCGUCCGCUCUUCCCGAAGCAGUCGAAGUCGGCACAAGAAGUAGGCGGAGUAGAGGCAGCAGUUGCGGGUUCAGGGUUAAGCUAGCUCAUUGCCAGAAAGCAAACAGGAGCUCUUAUUUAGAUCAGAGGACGCUCAUCCCAGGCAGGCAGCAGGGGCUUCGGGUGGAAGGAAUGAAUCAAGUAAGUUGGUUAAGGAUUGGAGGAAUGGGAGUUAGAUCUGUCCCUAGUUCCCCUAGCCCUAGAUUAAGGUUACUUGAAACAGGAGAUAGAGUUUUUCUAAGGAGGUUAGCUGCCAGCCCCUUCAACAAGGGAUUUCAAUGGCAACAAACCGCUCCCCAGGAUGAGGCAAAGAAUGGGGUGGGGGGACUUCCAGUUGUUCGAGCAAGCAAAUGGCUAGCAGGGCCGAGGAAGCACAAUGAACGGGACGACAGAAGUUCCACAAGACCGGAGAUAGAUGUUCUUCUUCCCUGAGAAAAUUUCUCUAUCUAUUAGCGAGUUUCGCCGUACAAUCCGGCUGAAAUGAAUGGAAUGAGGAACCGGGAAAUCACUAUAGUUGUGGGAAUUCGUCGGAUGUAACUCAUCCGGAAGUGCUGGUUCGAAUCCAGCUCGUGACAAAGCCUGGGUCAUAUGGUAUGGAACAAUCUUUUGAUUAUGAAGCGCCCGCUAAAGAAGAGAUACUUAAGUGUGGUAGGAGGGAGCUAGGAGUCUUCCAUUCAUGCCCAGACUCGGAUGCUAGAGAAUAGUCUGGAAUGCUCUCUUUCUAUCUAUGCCGCAUCUUCCAUGAACGAAACCAAGAGGGAAAGCAGAGAAAGCAUUAGUCCAUUUGUAGUUCCGGCACUCUGUAUGUGCUGCUAUGAUAGUAAACUCUUCCUGCUCUCUUAAGUUAAGGAUGUUCGUGACCUAAUAGGAGUGACUGUAGUCAAGCAAGCAGAAGGUUACAGGCAAGCGGGGUAGUGUACUUUUAUCCGCAAAGAAUGGGAUUGAUGCUCAGCUAAGGAAUCCCCUACUAAUCGAAAGAGGGGAUUCAAAAGUGUCUAUUCAAUAUUCCAAGGUGCGAAGGGUCGAUGUAAUUGAGAAAGAAGCGCUCUAGCUCUCACUUGAAGUACAGGAAGGAUAAUGACUCGAGCUUUUCCGAAUGAAAGGCGAUAGGGGACGUACCCUAAGGAAGCAAGAAGGGAGGAUUUUCUUUACUUUACCGCUAUAACCUUUCUUUCACGAGUGAACCCGGGCACGAGCCUACCUUGUAAGAACCCAAGAAUGGGUACCUAGGGAAUGAACCGAGUUAGAGGCGUAUGCUUCCUUGACCGAUAGUUUGAGUUUGUGGAACAAGUUGUAGAGAUCCCAUACUUUCUAGUACUUGUGGAGAAUCCCAGUAAGAAAUAGCUUGAGUUGUUGGUGGAAGUGACCUAUACAUAUUUAUA